AUGAGAGCGUCGAUAUUAUCUGCUGGCCUUGUGCCAGCGGUGGUUCUGCUUUUGGCUGGCAUUUCUACCACUGUGGCCCAGCUUGCGGUUCAUCGUCUUGCCGUCGAGGAUUAUCGCAACAAUGGUGAUGCAAGCCAUUUCCAAGGCUUGGCCCCCCGUGCUGCCAACUACGGCGAACCAAGUGACUAUGGUUACUAUCCUCCUCCCUAUGGAGAAGAAACUUCUUCUGCUACCACCACCACCAAAUAUGGGGCCUACCCUCCUCCUCCCGCUGGAUCUUCUACAAGCACUGUUUCCAAUGUGACCAAGACAGAAACUGCUUCUACCACUCACUCAACUGGUACCAAGACAUCUUCUGAAAGCAAAUCCUCCACGUCGGCCGGAACAGUGACUGGAUCGUCUACUUCCGACAAGAGCCAUUCGUCGACAACUGCAGAAGGAUCAUCAGUCACAGAGUCCUCUCUUGGCCUAACAACGCAGACGAUUACUGUAUCACUGGCUUCUACCACGUUCGUUACAGCACAAACUGUGCAAGUGUCGUCUAGUCACGAGGGCUACUCGUUCUCAUCUAAAGUAACGUCUACUCUGAGCACAUCGUCAGCAACGUCUAGCGUGUCCACCAAGUCUUCGACCAGAUCUUUAACUGAAGAAGAAUCAGGUACUGUUCGGCCUGUAUCUUCUUCUAGCUCUACAGAAAGCUCUUCUUCCUCUGGAUCUGCCUCUGGAUCUGCCUCUGGAUCUGCCUCUGUGUCUACCACAACAGGAUGGCCAAACGCUACAUUGUCACUUUCCACGUCAACUGGAAGCCUGUCGUCUACUUUGUUGACUGAGAAUGGAACUGUUCGUUCGACCGUGGCGUCUACAACUUCUACAGAGUCGACUAGAUCAUUGACUGAAGGCGAAUCCGGCACUAUUCGACCUAUAUCUAGUUCCACGGCCGGCUCUUCUUCGCCUGGUUCUACCAUCGUGUCCACUAUCACGGGAUGGCUCAACUCUACACUGCCACCCUCGAGCACGUCAACAGGACAGCUUUUGUCUAGCCAGCUGACUGAGAAUGGAACCAUACGCACUGUCACAUUGACCACAAUUGGAGUGACGUUGACGAGACCAUUCUCUGAGACUUCCACCCAAUUGACUUUUUCAAGCUCUUUGUCUGGAAAUUCAACUUUGUCGACUAGCGCACCUACUUCAUCUGCUUCAGAGACAACAGCGUCGUCAACCUCUUCGGCAACCAAUGGUACAAAUCUUACCUUGACAUCUGUGGUUACUAGACCUACCGGUACCACAGCAUCGGGCCAAGGUAUCACGAGUACCGUGAAUGGAACUGUCAUCGUGAUCACAGCCUCUGAAUCAGCGGCUAGUACUACCUCGUCAAUCUCGACAGGAACCUUGUCAAACAUCUCGUCCUCUCUUAUCAGCGGGUGGCCAUCGUCAAGUAGCCCAUCAGUUGCUACUUCGACGCACCGUAUCACCAUCGGCAUCCAACGCCCACUCAAGCUCUUCUGCAUUGCCGAUUACGGACAAUCAGACUACGGUUACUCUGAGCACCACCUCUGGUACCACAGUGGCUCAGUCAAACGUGACAACGAUCUGGUCUACUACAUCAACCUCGCCAACAUCAUCUGGGGCAACAGUGACCGUUACAUCUGUGCCUGGUACUGCAUCAACAUCGCAACUCAACAACGGCACCGUCGUCUCUUCUCUUACUUCGACCACACAGACGAAUGGUACCGUUGUGGUAACCUCGCAAUCCACAACUCGUCCAACUGGCACUGGUCAUUCUAG